UUCACGUCUCACCAAGCUACUCAAUCGGUCUCAUUUCGUUUCGAGCUGUCAAUACGUUUUGAAUGCGUUUGGCUUUGCUCCAGCAGAAAAUUUGUUUUUGAUUGUGAGAAAAAGCACACCCGUAAAAUGGAAACAAUCUUUGAAAUUCAACGCCGCUUACACGAGGAGUGCGAUCGGCUGGUGAUGUCGAUGUCGGAGGAACUUCAGAUGCCGAAAAAAACGACCAAGGAAAAGGUGCUGGCCGAUCAUCGUAUAAAAAUUUAUCUGGAACGGUAUCAGAGCUGCAGUCGGUCGCUGCUGGAACUGUACCAGGACAAGGAUGGCGAACGAAAGCAGGAAAUUACCAACAUGAGUGUGAACGAGUUUAAGGAGUUCUACAGUCAGUUCAAUUCGUUGGUGGAGUUCCAUCAGAACCAUGGGAACAAUGUGGCCGUACCGGCUUCAAUCGAGUUCGCCAAACUGCGGGAACAGUUGAAUGAUCCCAGCUAUUUGAUGGAGAUAGUGAAGUUCAGUGACGUCGAGAACUAUGGGCAGUAUCUGGAUCUGCACGAGUGUUACAACAGCUACAUCAAUCUGAAGGGAAUCGACAAAAUCGACUACAUUACGUAUCUGUCGGAGUUCAACAAGUUCGCGGAUGUGCCCAAAAAGCAGAAGAAUUUAAAAUAUAAAAUCUACUUGGAGCUGUUGCACGAGUACCUGUACGGUUUCAUCACCCGAAGCCGGCCGCUGUUUUUCGAGCUGGACCACACGGUCAAGCGGAAUGAGCUGCAGUUUGAGGAUUUGUGGAAAAACGGUGAAGCACCCGGUUGGGAAAGGGGCAAAGACGUGGAGGAUGAUGCGAUGAUUAAUUUGAAUGAAUUUUUCAAGUGGGAAGAUUUGACCUAUUUGGGGCUAGAUCGGUUGAAAGCGGCUCUUCAGGCUAUCGGAAUGAAAUGCGGUGGCACACUGGAGGAGCGUGCCCAGCGGCUGUUUGCGUGCAAGGAAGAUAAAAACAAGGAGAACGAACGGAAACGGCUGAUGUACAACCAAAAGGACAAGGAUAUUGCGCUGCUGGAGUAUAAAAUUACUAAACUGACGGAGUUGGUGGAUGAUCAGAUUUAUGAGACGAAGGUCAAUCUGCAGCGGAAGCAGGCACGCUACAUGGUGGACGAAAGUGACGAUGACAGUAUGGACGAGGUAGAGUCGGAUGACGACGAUGGAAUUCCGUACAAUCCGAAGAACCUGCCGCUCGGUUACGACGGUAAACCGAUUCCCUACUGGCUGUACAAAUUGCACCAGUUGCAUUUCACGUACGAGUGUGAGAUUUGUGGUAACUACAAGUACAACGGUCCGAAGGCUUUCCAGAAUCACUUUUCCGAGUGGAGACACGCCCAUGGAAUGCGUUGCCUCGGUAUUCCGAAUACGGCUCACUUUGCUAACAUUACGAAAAUCGAGGACGCACUGGUCCUAUGGGAUAAGGUUAAGGAGCAAACAUUCUCCAAAAUGUGGGUUCCAGCAAACGAGGAAGAAUUCGAAGACUCCCGGGGAAAUAUUCUCAGCAAGAAGGUGUAUCUUGAUUUGCAGAAGCAGGGUUUACUGUAAAAUAUUUGACUAUACUAAACUGUAAUACUAAUCAGAGAGUGUGCAUCUGUACGAUGAUUGGCCGAGCAAAUAAACUGUUUAUUUAGGUAA